GCUCGAAGAGCUUGAUCUGUUGACUUCUUGCGAUUGCCCUCCACUACCACACUUUCUUCUCGCUACCAUAUCUCAUCUAGAGCUAUUACCCAACUGUACCGGCUUAUCAAUAGCUAAUUGACCCUCUUUCGAGCUAUCCGGGCUCCAUCUCCAUUGACAACCUUCGUUUCUUCUUCCUGGCGGGGUACAGUCGUUAUGUCUAGCCAACCGCUUCUCCAAACUGCCCCAGGCAAACGCAUCGCCCUCCCCACGCGCGUCGAGCCCAAAGUCUUCUUCGCCAACGAGCGCACCUUCCUCUCAUGGCUCAACUUCACCGUCAUCCUAGGCGGCCUCGCCAUGGGGCUUCUCAACUUUGGCGACAAAGUCGGACAGAUUAGCGCGGGCAUCUUCACGCUCGUCGCUAUGGCAGCAAUGGUGUAUGCGCUGUAUACAUUUCACUGGCGCGCGAAGAGCAUACGGCAGAGGGGCCAGGGCGGCUUCGAUGAUCGCUAUGGGCCGUCGAUUUUGGCCAUUGCGCUGUUGGCGGCGGUGAUUGUCAAUUUUGCCUUGAGGGUUACGGUUGGCGAGAAGCAUUGAUGAGAUAUGCUGUUGACUUUGAAUUAGGUCGACUGGACCUGGGCUUCGUCGAUUUCGGCAGUCGUGUUGCUGCCGGCGAUGAUUGUGAUUUUUAGGUUGAGGGCUACCGAUGAAGACUUGACGGCGGAUACCACAAUCGAGGACGAUUACAGUAUUGGAAGCGGAUCGAGCGCACAACGGUCGUUUGGAACAUAGAGCGGCGAGGCAUCUAUCACUAUGUGUAUAUGGUGGAGCUGUUCAUAGAAGAGUUGCGGGAUACCAUGGGCCGGCGUGAGUUUCAAUUGCGCAUUGUUUCUUCAGUCGAAAGCAGCAUGUCGCGGUUCACGCAUUCAUAUAUGCCACAAUGUCUAUUCCUCCCGAUUGUCGCCUUUCUCGCUACAACUCAUUGCCCAGACCCGCGUCAAUCACCUAUUCGCACAUUGGGCCAAAAUCAAAUAUCAACUAACAGUUCUAUCACCUUCUAAGG